UCCGACAGACUUGUGUAUUCCUAUGAUACCUUAAAAAUACGGUUUAUACAAACAAAAAAAGUGAAUGGCAAUGGAAAUCAACAUUAUACGCAUAUAUUGCUUAUUGCUAUACCUGGGUAUGGGAAUCCAAAGCAUCCUAGGUGCGAAUGUGACAGAAAUCUUUAGGGACGAUUUCAACGGUACAGCUUUGGAUACUACAAAGUGGUACAUCCAGAAAGACUAUCCGGAAUUUACGGAGCACUACGAUCCCGGCAAUGUGCGCCUGGAGAAGGGCAUCCUUAAGUUGCGCGCCGGUAACCGCCGCAACGGCAACGUAACUGUCUUAACGGGCGCCCGCAUUUUCACGGGAGACAAAUUCAGUUUCAGCCAGGGCGAAGUGGUCAUGCGGGUGAAAUUCCCGGUAGCCAGUAAUCAGCAGGCCGGCGCUGGAUUAGCGCUGCUUCCUUGUAUGAGCACCGCGAUACGGGACUGCUCAAAAAACGAGUCGUUGCCCAUUCCGACGGUAUAUGUACAAAGUACUACGCCCAACGUGCUGGACGGGAUUCUAACGUACGUGGACGAAGCGGGUCGAACUUUGGAGCGCACUUAUUAUUUUUACAAUGAUGAAGAUCUGUCGCUGGAUUAUCACACUAUUAGAUUGGUUUGGACGCGGGAUCUUUUUGCCUGGUUCGUGGAUGAGGAGUUGGCUUUGAAUCAGACUGUACCAGGACUGUCUAGGUGGCCGAGAAUGUAUUUACAAAUAACUAUGAUCAGCACGGCAAUUUAUAGCCAGCCUAACUAUCCGUUUGAUGCCGCCGAUGUACCGCACCAAGAAUUCUGCAUUGACUACAUCUAUGUUCAUCAAUUCACCAAUGCCAUUUGGAAAGACUAUACGAUACCAGCCGUAUUAGCAACCGUUAUCCCAGUGACGCUCCUCACAGUCCUUGUAACACUGAUUGGGAUCAAAAUGAGGAGCAGGCGACAGCGGCAUGGCAAUAUGCAGAAAUUGUACGGCGCGAACCGUUUCGUUUCCACUAUGUAUAGUCUGAAAAAUCUACUGGCUCGAGAUAAUGCCACAUUUCGCGUAUGCUCGGAAAUUCAGCAGCGCGUUCAGCAGUUAGAAGUUCCAUUGAGCAACAUCCGCCUAACGGAAGAGGUUUUAAAUUCCAACAACACCAGUGUUACUCUAAAAGGCUACGCGACAGGAAUCCACGGGGAAGAAGGAUUGACAACAAUUGCUGUCAAACGAUUGCAGCUCGCGACUGAAGCCUCUCAAAUUCGAUUGCUACGCCAGGAACUGGAAAUCUUAGUGAAGGCUGGUCAACAUGUCAACAUAAUUACGCUUUUGGGCGUCGUGCUGAAAGGCGACUUCUUUCUACUGCUUGAGUUCGCCGAAUACGGAGCGUUGCCGGACUAUCUCCAAGCGCACCGUGGCGCUUGGUUUUACAACCAGGUUGACGCAACGGGCAACCUUUUGCCGUUUGACGAAGACCAGGCCAACCAGCUUCAGCAAACACUAAACGAACCCCCAUCGAAAUUCGACAGGGAAAAUUUUGACUGGCAGAUUCUGUCCACGCGUAGUCUGCUGCGUUUUGCGCACCAUGUUAGCCGCGGACUGGAAUAUCUCCACGCCCGUUCCAUCAUCCACCGUAACUUAUCCGUCACAAAUAUUCUAAUCUGCUCUGGGCAAGUAGCAAAAAUUUUUGGAUUUGAGAUGGCUCAGCAGGCCACCGAGUACAUCGAAACAGAUUCUGUGGAGGUCUUUUCGCCACGCUACUUGGCUCCGGAAUCUCUCAGCGCAAGCAGGUUUUCGACCAAAUCCGACAUUUGGUCGCUGGGCGUGGUGUUAUGGGAAAUGUUCAGCUUUGCGGAAAGUCCUUCCGCUGUCGAUGCAGAUACAAAUGCAUGCGACGACGUUGAGUUUACUAGGUUCUUGGCCAGUGGUCGGCGCAUGCCAAGACCGGAAAAAUGCCCCAGCGUGAUAUUUGACCUGCUGCCUAAUUGUUGGAGAACAGUUCCUGAUGAGCGACCGAAUGCUUUAUCCGUAAUGAAAGCUUUACAAAACGCCAAUGAGGACCUCAUGGAGCACACCUACCUUCACCUGGAUUACUGGCAUUCCCAAGGAGAUAAUCUCCAAAGCGUUGCUGCGAAAGAAAACCACAUCGAAGCGAAUUCGAUCAAGGGCUGAGCGUGACCGCCGUGCCGUAGAAUUUAUCGAACCGACAGUUAUUUUGGAAACCGUAUGUCAAUCUUGCCAAUAAAAAAACUUGCCAGAGAAUGAUGCUGAAAAGCAGCCUCUCUGAAUACUUUAUCGACCUUUGAUAUAAGAUUAUGCGUUGAAUUCCCGCGAUUGGAUAAUAGUUCUUUUGCUCUGAUUCGGUGCACGUCUGUCAC